UUUCCGAAUUUGCCAAAAGUAUUGUUCCAAAUUUCCGCUGCUGGCAGCCACGCUUCUGUGACUGCAACGCUGCUACCUGUUCAUCUACGAGAACACAAAACUUCUUCCUUUCACCUACACCCUCUUUGUUUUCAGUCUCCAAAUCUCUACAUUGCUCGCCAACGAGAGACUCGGUCUCAUGACAUAUCAGUUACCACCAGCCAACAGACCGUUGCAGAUGCUCUAGUCUGGCAAUCUCAGCCGUCCAUUUCCAAAUCUCGCAGAUCUGAUAGCUGGACCAGUCCCAUCAGCUGAUUUGGUCUUGAUCCACUGGAUCAGAGAUGCCGGUGGCUGCUUCCGCCGUUUAUUUCUUGAACCUCCGCGGUGAUGUUCUCAUCAACCGUCUCUAUCGUGACGAUGUUGGUGACAUAUGAUUAGAUGAAGCCUCCCUAGGAGUCUGGGCCCGUGUCUCAGUCCCAGCGUGGCUGAUCAUCUUUCACACCACCUACUGAUCAUCUCCUUGAGGAAAUAUGGUGGAUGCUUUCCGCAUGCAUAUUAUGCAAACAAAAGAACUUGGAACAUGUCCUGUGCGGCAGAUUGGUGGAUGCUCUUUCUGUUACAUGAGAAUCAGCAAUGUUUACAUUGUAAUUGUAGUCAGCAGCAAUGCCAAUAUAGCCUGUGCAUUCAAGUUUGUUGUUGAGGCUGUUGCACUGUUCAAAUCUUAUUUUGGUGGGGCUUUUGAUGAAGAUGCAAUUCGUAAUAAUUUUGUUCUGAUUUAUGAGCUAUUAGACGAAAUUAUGGAUUUUGGUUACCCACAGAAUCUUUCUCCAGAAAUUUUAAAGCUUUACAUCACUCAGGAAGGAGUGCGCUCUCCAUUCUCUUCUAAGCCUGCAGAUAAACCUGUCCCUAAUGCAACACUACAAGUUACAGGUGCUGUUGGUUGGCGCAGAGAGGGCCUUGCUUAUAAAAAGAAUGAGGUCUUCUUGGAUAUUGUGGAAAGUGUAAAUCUUCUUAUGUCUUCCAAAGGUAGUGUUCUACGUUGUGAUGUAACCGGGAAGAUUCUAAUGAAAUGCUUCCUCUCUGGGAUGCCUGAUUUGAAAUUGGGAUUGAAUGAUAAAAUUGGCCUUGAGAAAGAAUCACAGCUUAAAUCCCGUCCCACAAAAAGUGGGAAAACUAUCGAGCUCGACGAUGUUACUUUCCAUCAAUGUGUAAACUUGACGAGGUUUAACUCAGAGAAGACAGUUAGUUUUGUGCCACCUGAUGGUGAAUUUGAAUUGAUGAAGUAUCGUAUUACUGAGGGUGUUAAUCUUCCAUUCCGAGUAUUGCCUACAAUUAAGGAACUCGGCAGAACUCGUAUUGAAGUAAAUGUUAAGGUCAAGAGCGUUUUCGGUGCAAAAAUGUUUGCUCUUGGGGUUGUCAUCAAAAUUCCUGUGCCAAAACAAACAGCAAAAACAAGUUUUCAAGUGACGUCUGGUCGAGCAAAAUACAAUGCGGCUAUUGAUUGCUUGGUCUGGAAGAUAAGGAAAUUUCCAGGACAAACAGAGCCAACUUUGAGUGCAGAAGUUGAGCUGAUUUCCACGAUGACAGAAAAGAAAUCUUGGACAAGGCCACCAAUCCAAAUGGAGUUCCAGGUUCCGAUGUUUACAGCGUCUGGUUUACGUGUCCGUUUUCUGAAGGUAUGGGAAAAGAGUGGAUACAACACUGUUGAGUGGGUUCGCUAUAUCACGAAAGCUGGUUCUUACGAGAUUAGGUGCUAGAGACACGGGAUUGUUGCUGUGAAGAGAGGAUUUUAGGGUGGAUGCUGGAAUAUUUUAUACAAUCAAGUUGAGUGGGAAGAAAUUAUUCAGGAGUUUAUGUUGCGGAGGAUAAAUCGUAGGGAUUUCUAUUGCUCGUGUCCUUGUGUCGAUAUGCUUGUUUGUGACGAAUGUCUUGUAUCCUGUUGUAAAUGCUAGCUAGCUCUAGAACUGGUUUUGAGCCUUCAAUUUUUUCUUCUUCUUUUGUUUCUAUAGAGAAAUAGUUUAAUGCGGUUUGGCACAACUUUCAUUUGUUGAGAUUAUGAGACUUCAGUGAAUUUGUGAUGGCUUCGUAAUAUUCGGCAUCACAUUCGUUAACUUGUACUUACUAAACUUCUGCAAUGAUUAUUAUAAUCUACUGUUACCACAACUUGCUAA